AUGCAGAGGGCAAAUUUCACCACACUUAGUGUGUGUGUGUGUUGGUACUUUAACUUUUAACUUAAUUUAGUACACUAGAGGGCGGUAUGCACCUUUGGGUUAGACCCACCAGUAAACCAAAACAAGUAGAAGAAGAAAUACGAGGACGUCUUCAAGAUUACAUUAGCAGAGCGGUGGCGUAAAGUAAAGUUGGCGUUAUGUUUUCCAAAAAUGUAUGCUUUUUUUACGAUCAUAAUAUUUAUUUAAUAUCAUAGUAAAAAUUCGUAAUUGUUAAUCUUUGGUGCACGUAGAAGCUCCUUCGGAUAGCUUAGUUUAGAGCUUCGAACAAAGGACCCGGAAGUUAGCAUCUCAUGCUAAAGUCACAAUAACAUGGUGGCACUGUGAAAAUGUGUAAAGUCCAAAUGCUGAGAGAGUUGGUGAAGGAGCGACUUUGUGCCGCUGCGGAAGAAAUAUUCGUCGUGUUGGAAAGAAUGAUAGCAGAGUACGAGGAGGAACUUCGUCGAACAAAAGAGAAGAACGAGCAACAACGUCAACUACUGGACGCUGUUUUCAAGCAUGGACUGGAAUCACACAGAACAGACGUUAGGAUGGAGCAGGAGGAGUCACAGUCCCCCCACGUCAAAGAAGAAGAGGAGGAGCAAGCGUGGACUCGGCAAGAUGCCGACGUCAUAAAGUUCCCGGUGAUUCGUGUUAUUGUGAAAAGCGAAGAAGACGACGAUGAAUCUCAGUGGUCACAGCGCGAUAACAGGCAAAGUGAGGAGAAGAGAAGAUCGGACGCGAAGAGCCCGCUGACUCCGCUGUUGGAUAGCGACGACACAACGUCACAAUCCCCUGACACCGAUGAUGAUGAAGACUUAAACGCUAACAAGACUCGUCACGCUGACAAGAAACACUUUAAAUGCUCUCAAUGUGACAAAACGUUUAGUGAACGGAAGAUUUUGAAGCGACACAUAAGGGUCCACACGGGGGGAAAACCCUUCAUUUGCUCGGUUUGCAGUAAAAGCUUCAAAGUAAAGGAAUACUUAAUCAUUCACAUGAGGACGCACACAGGAGAAAAACCGUUCAUCUGCUCUAUUUGUGGAGGACGAUUCUCUCAAAAGGGCAGUUUGAUGAAACACACGAGAACACACACGGGAGAAAAACCAUUUUCUUGUUCAAUCUGUGGCAAAACCUUUGCCGCGAAGGGACACUUGACCGCACACACAAGGACACACACUGGCGAAAAACCGUAUUCCUGCUCAGUGUGCAACACAAGUUUUAGUGAUAGUUCAGCACUAGGGAGGCACACACGAACACACACUGGUGAGAAACCUUUCAUUUGUUCACUUUGUGGUGAAAGGUUCGCUCAAAAGGGCAAUUUAAUGGCGCACAUGAAUAGACAUACUGGCGAUAAACCAUUUUCCUGCUCCUUCUGUGGUCAAACAUUCUCUCGAAAGGGGAUUUUGUUGAAACACACAAGAAGACACACUGGCGAGAAACCGUUUAGGUGUGAUAUGUGCAAUAAAAGUUUUACUUACAAGUACCAGUUGAACAAACACAAGUGUGCUGGUGUAAAGCACUAAAUGAAAUAAAGUAUGACCGCACUAGGAUAUAAGAUGAUGAAAUGCAUCAUGUUAUAAAUCAAUUAUCCAUAUCUUCUUCCUGUGUGCAUCUGUUUUGAAAUAAAAGUAUUGGCACUAAAUUACUAAUAAA